AUGGCUACCCCCAGUGUCCUUACCUUUGAUACUGAGGGUCGUGCUGUUGACUUUGAGGUCUGGCUCGAUGACCUCCAGCUGUUCCUACAGUGCGAUAGGGCAGACGGACUCUCCCUGGACCACUUCCUCUCACUUUGCCCCACCACACUCACCGUUGACCUCCUCAAGGAGCGCCUCCUAGCAGCAGAGAAGAGCAUAGUCGCUGUAGGAGCCUCUCGUGGUGACCCUCGCACCCCCGUCUUUGAGUGGUGUUCUCCCUCCCCCCUCUUGCCCUCUGUUGCUUCUGCUGCUGAGGCCGACCUCGUUGGCUUCGAGUCGGUCGGCGCUGCGUCUGCCCCUAGCGGGAGACGUCGCACAGGCAAGGGCAAGGGGGGCAAGGGCGUUGGAGGGGUUGGCGGGGGUGGUGGAGGUGGUGGUGGAGGCAGUGGAGGGGGUGGGGCGGGUGGUGGGAGUGGUGGUGGGGGUGGAGGUGUUGGUGGCAGCAGUGGAGGCGGAGGAGGCGGCGGUAGUGGCGGAGGGAGCGGAGGCGGCGGAGGUGGCGGAGGCGGCGGAGGUGGCGGAGGCGGCGGAGGUGGCGGAGGCGGCGGAGGCAGCGGAGGCAGCGGUGGAGCUGGUCGCAUCUCUGCACAGAGGAGUGGCUCCGGUGGUGGUCCGCGCCAGCAGCAGCAGCGCAGUCGGGCGGCAGCGUGA